AUGACGUCAACUAAAUUACGUUAUGCAACCCAAUUAGAAAUCAUACGUAGCGAAGAGAAAGAUCGUUAUUUAAUUCAGCAACUGAGCCAAUCUUUAGAAGAUUUGCAUACAAAAUUAUUUGGAUUAAAUCAUUUUCAUAUCUAUCAACCACAUCUUAAUCGUUUAAGUAAAUUUCUCUACUAUUUAACUACAACAUUAUCAAAUCGUCAAACAAUUGGUGAAGAAUAUAUAUGUUUAAUACAAUAUGAUCCUCAUACAAAAAAAAUACCAGCAUAUUCGAGACGACUCCUGAUGAUUUUAUUGAAUCUAUUUGGUAACAAAUUAUUUGAAUAUCUAUUAACUAAUCUACUUAUACACCCAUUGGCCAAUGAGUAUUUUCAUCCACGAUUAUCAUCACAAACAUUGGAUUAUAUUGGAAAAUUUAUCAUUUCAUUUAUUGAUCGAACACACAAAAUUUUAUUUUAUAUUUAUGGUGAUUAUUAUCAUUUAUCUAAAUUGUUUACACGUAUAAGAUAUUUGAUUUAUAGUCGAACAAACACUAAUGAUCCCAUAUAUCAAACAUUAAAUCGUACAAUGAAAUUAUUAACAUUAUGUCUUAUUAUACAACAUGUUAUUGAAACAUAUAAUUCCAUACAACAAAUAGCUUUAUCAAUUAUUCAACACCGACGACAAUUAAACAGACAAAUUCCUUUGGAAACAGGAAUUGUUCGUGAUAAUGUUGAGCAAGUUGAAACUAGUGACGAAGUGUCAUCAGUACGUUGUCCACUCUGUUAUGAAUAUCCAUUGAACACGUUAUCCAUUAUUGAAUGUGGUCAUUUAUUCUGUUGGCAAUGUAUUCAUCUAUGGCUUAAUGAUAAUCAAUCGUGUCCUAUAUGUAAAAUGAAUACAUCUCCAUCGCGUAUUGUCCGUCUAGUGAAUUAUUAA